ACCAGGUGACAAAGGGACCAUGAACUUCAAUCUCAACUGCCUUUUUGUGCACAGAUCACAUCGAGUCUUACAGUCGGUGUGGCAGGCGAGCUCCCGGUGUUGGCCUGGCUCCGUCACAGAAGGAGGCUUGCCCGCCUCCAGGGGAUGGCUGCGCCGCUUCUUACUGCUGAAGUUGAUAACUGUGCUGCUGCUUCCCCACGGAGCCGCCCCCCCUCUGCUAGUGGGCUGCACGUUCAGCCUGUGGGCCCUGCUGCUGCUGCGCUCCCCUCACAUCUCCACCAAGCCCUCCACGGUGCUGCUGGCCCAGCUGGCUCUGGCAGACAGUCUGGUGCUGCUGCGCUGGCUGCUCCAGCUGGGGAUGGCUCUGGACCAGUUGAUGAAGAGAAGGAUGGGCCGUGAAGCUGACAGCAGCCACGCGAGGAGGGAGGGGUCCGUUUGGUGCCGGGACACUGCCAGCAUACUCUGUCAGCAGCUGCUGGAUGCUCACCAGCUCAUCUCUCUGCUCCUGCUGGGCCUGCUGGGUCUGGAGGCCAUGCUGGUGCAGCGCUGGCCGCUGCAGACUCGCAGGAUCAGGACGUCUCACUGGACGCGGCUCAGCUGCAAUCUGGUGUGGAUCUUGGUGCUGCUCGAACUCGUCUUUCAGGUUUACUCAAGACAUUUGCAGGACUUCAGACAGCAGGGUCCCCCCUCAUCACUGCCCGGUAUCUCCGUCUGCCUGAAGAGGAUGCUGUGGAUGGUGAAUUCCUGGUUGCAUUACACUGUGUUUAACAGUAAACCACGGAGGACAAAGAGUUCGUUUCAUUAAAAGUGGACUAGAAGCUUUAAAUCCAUUCAAGUUUAUGCUUCAGACUAGGGCUGUGCGAUUAAUCGAUUUUAAAUCUAAAUUGGAUUUAUUAAUCACAAUCGAUGUUAAAAAAAGGAAAAUCGGAAAAUCGAUUUUCCUUUUUUGCAGCUGGCUGCAUUACAGACAGAGCUCGUCUGGUCAUCUUUGUUUGGUCAAGAAAAUUGUAAAUGUUGUCACUUUACUAAACUCAAGGAGGAUUUACAGUAUCUUUCAA